CGCUUUGCUCGGACCGCUUUCCGAGAGCGGUCGGCGGCAGGCUGACCACUGCACUGCUGCUGAACGAUUCGUGAGCGCGCAGCACGCCCUCUAAGCGUAGCGAGUGGGACACAACGACAAAUGUGCUUAUACAACCACGUGAAACCGCUGUGGGUCCCUCGAUGCCGCGAUCGACGUCGAUUCGACUGCGUUGCUGGUUUUGGCUAGUGUGUUACAUGCCGCUAGGGUGCAAGCGGUGCGCGGUCGACAAUUGGCAGCUUUACACGGCACCCAGAGACCGCUCGGCGGAUAUUCCGGCCUUGUGCAGUGCCCGACGUAUACAUGAACAGCGCCGCGCCGCGUGCGAGCCCAACUGAGUCGCGUUUUGAAUAUGCGUAAAGGCACGGGUGUGUCAGUAGGAACCGAAACACGAUGGCCGAGUCCUUCCCGGCCUUCCUGCGCAGCCUCGAGAAAUCAAUAGAGCCGCUCGAAAGCAUAGCGGGCGUCGCGCCGCCCUUCCGCGACGACGACGACGUCGAGCCGACGACCGCCUCUGAUUUAGCCUUCGUCCUGCGCGAUCUCCGUAGAGCAGCCGCCGGCGCGCGGGCGCUGAUCACGUCCACGAACCUGCCCGAGUCGUCGGACGACGAGGGCACGCAGAUAAUUGAGAGAACGCAGCUCGACGACGCCGCGCCCACCGUGCCCUACGCGUCGCAGCCAUCGAAUGAGGAGACGCAGACGCAGCGAGACCCCCCGCCGAUCAUUGACGGUGUCCGAGUGGGUGCCAAGGUCAAAAAGUAUUUUCAGCGCGAGGGGACCUGUCGAGGCACCGUCAAAUCUCUAGAACGAGUGGUGAUCGACUGGGACGACGGUACACAAGUUGAUUACAGUAGAAGUGAGGUGUCGCGGAUGCUCGUGGCGGAUCGAGCCAUCGUACCGUUUGAGGGCGACCAUCCUAGAGGUGGACGGAGAAAGAGAGGUGCCGCGCGGCGGACGUCGGCGUCGGCGGAGCUGGGGCGAGGUCGGCGCCCGAAGAGCGGGCCUCAACGGUUCGCGGAAUUGGUGGAUGGCGGCAAGACCUACAAGGCCGAGUCGCCUGCGAAGAAUCCAGCUCCUACGAAGACGUGCCCCGCGUGCGCUACACGCGUGCACGCGAGGAAGGCCAAGUGCGACUGCGGCCACGUGUUUGGUUCUAAGAGUGAGCCGGCACCGCCGCCUUCCACAGCGCCGCCUUCCACAGAAUUACCACCUUUAGCGGAAGACGUCACGUCGCUCAUCGCACGAGACGCUCCGAUUAAGAGGACGAAGAAACACCGCGCGCCGCGCUACGAGCGCUACACGACGGCGACGUCGGCGCAGGAAUAUUUGAGGAUGGGCGGGCAGCGGAAGGACCUGAAGUACGACAUUGAUAGUGGGUUCAUUGAGGUUACCGAUCGGGGACCACGAGUAGAAGAGUCGUCGAGUGACGACGAACCGGAGUACCCGAACAAACCGCGGGACCCGAACGGUUUGGCAUCAUUACCUUCCGUCGGCGAGGCCGCGUCGAUGGUCGACAUGGAACCCGUCCAGAGCCGCACUCUAGAUGCGGAGUCGAAGCAACGGGCGCUCUGGCCCUUCAAGCCGCCGAAUCCCGGCCGAAAAUGGGAGAACUCUUGUUCGACAUCUACCGGUCAAUACCAGGACACGCAGUACGACGAGCAGCCGAAGCGCCACGACAAGCGGCGCUACGCGCGGCUGGCGCCGCGCGAGUCCCUUUCACCAGUACCGGAACGGUCUUCUUCGCCGGAGGCGCCCAACACGCCGGCGUCGUCGCCGAGACGCGAAGAUGAGGACGCCGGUCCCACGGGCGAAGUUAAAAGAAAAGCGGAAUGGGUCGGCAACUCCCUCGACUUGACCCUGGAAGACUCGCAGGACGACUCGCCGCCUGAGUCAAAGGACGAGACGCGGCUCAGCGAGGCGUCGCGGUCCAAGGGACGAGACUCGACCGCCGUGGACGAGGAGUGGGACGACACGCAGCCGCCCGAGCGGCCGCCCGCGGAGGUCCCCUACGCCGUCCCGCCCGUGCGGCAGAGCUACACGGGCUCGUCUCCGGAGGAACCCGAGCAGCGGCCGACGCGGCGCCACCUCGUGCAGCCGCGGGGCGACGAGACCGACGACGGCGAGGACGACGACGAGGACGCGCCGCCGUCGAAGCGGCGCCGCGCGGCCGACGACGCGGAGGCGCCGCAGCGCGUCGUCGAGCUCUGCGCGGCCAUGGGUUUAGCAGUUUCGCGCAGCCAGGCCGCGAAGGCGCUGACGCGCGGCGACGUGGCCCACGCCGUGAGCAUGCUCGUCGAGUCGGAGACGCGCGGGGUGGCGGCGUCGCGGCCGCGGAGCCGCGCCGGGAGCCCGCGCCCGCAAUGACACUGUGCCUAAUGCUUCGAGAACACUUGGGUCUUAGUUUCGAGACAGGGGGUGGA